ACUUUAAGCAAAAUAGUAAAUUGUAGUUUUGCUCCUCGUGGUUUCCUUCAAUUAAAAAUUAACUUUUAAGAUUUAGGAUAUACGAAAUAAUUUACUGUUGAAUUGCUAAGACUUAUUGAUUAGAGUUCACCAAGAAAUACAAUAGAACUUUUGAUUUCUCAAAGCAGAAAAUUUGUCUAUUUUAAAGAGUUCGGGAAGACAUAAUUCGAUAUUAGGGCGAUAAUUACGGAAGCAUGUCUAACGAUAUAAUUCAAUUAAAUGAUCAAGUCGUUGUACGACGAAACGAACAUCUUAAAAUUUUUCGUGUUCGAAAAAAUAGGACUAUAAUCAUGGGCAAAAUUAAGUUUCAUUUAGACAACUCUAUCGGAAAACCUUACGGAUCGUCUUUUGAAGUCAAGAAUUCACAUUUAGUAGAUCACAAGUCUUCAAGCGACUCAAACUCUGUAAACAUACCAGUUAAAGACAAUAGAAAUCUACGAGAUUCUAAGCUGAAUCAAAAACUAUCUAGAGAAGAUAUUCACAGUCUAAAAGAUGAAGGUUGUACAGGAGAAGAAAUUAUUGAAAAGUUAAUCGAACAUAGUUCGACAUUCAAUGAAAAAACCGAAUAUUCUCAAGAGAAGCAUAAUCCAAUAUUCACUAUUCUCAAACCCUGUACAAGAUUAAUAGCGGAAAUGUAUUGGAACACAGGUCCACAGAGAUUAUGCAACCUUCGUUUCGACACACUUUCUCAAAUUCUGGCCUAUGGAAAUGUUUGUGCAAAUAGAAAAUUGCUGGUAGUUGAUUCAGGAGUAGGAUUAGUGUCGGCUGCAAUUUUAGAAAGGAUGCAAGGAAAGGGGAGUGUUAUACAACUCCACGAUUCUUCAUGCCCUGUUAAAGCAGCAACAGAAUGUUAUAACUUCUCAAAAGAGAUAUGGGAUAGUCUACAUUGCAUUUCCUUAUCUGAGCUUCCAGAAGUUCUCAAAUUCAAGCCUCAAGAUGAUCCCGAAGACGAAGAAAAAAUUGAUAAUGAAGAUGAUACAGCUUUAUCAUUAGCUCAACCUAAUAAACGUAAAUUUUCGGAAAGGGUAAAAAAGAAGGAAAAAAAAUUUGGUAUCGUUAAAGACAUACUGGCAGAUUCAAAUGCUGACGGACUUAUUGUGGCAUCUAAGUUUCAUCCCACUCCAAUUGUUUUGAAUCUCAUUCAGUUUAUCGCUCAAAAUAGACCUAUUGUAAUUUUUUGUCAACAUAUUGAACCACUUUUGGAUUGUUAUAACCAACUGAAAAGCAAAGGUAAUGUUCUUAUGCUUAAAAUCUUUGACAUCUUCUUAAGAGAACAUCAGGUUCUUCAAAAUCGAACUCAUCCCCAUAUAAACAUGAGCAAUACUGGUGGCUAUUUAUUGACUGGAAUAACCGUAUCGUCCAUUUUGGUCUCCCCUUCCACUCAAGCAACAUCUGGUUUGGAGAAUCACUUUAUUGCUAAUAAAACUUUAAUAGAAGAUAAGUUAAAAGAAGAUCAAUAUUCUUCACUUCGAAACAUCUUGAAACGGAAGAAACUAGAAUAUUCAAUACCGUUGACGUCCUUGGAUCUAGAAAUUGCAAAUUGCCUGAUUAAUCUUCUGUAUACUUACAAUGAGUUAAAAUCCAUCGAAAAAGGAAAAAAUUCUUCUUUUGAGGAAAUUUUAUCACCCGAACAGAAUCUGAACUUUUCGAGAGCAUUCAAAAUAAUCUUCUCUUUUGGUUUAAACCCAGCGCUCGAAAAAGAAAUUGUUCUUUGGGAUGCUGAUCGUUUAAGAUUAGGACUCUUACCAUGGAAUUUGAGACAUUUAAGCAAACAUCAACGAUUCGAACAACUUCUAUUCUUUACUCAUCACUUAUUGUCACUAGCCCAAUGGUACAAACCAUACAUGAUUUCCAGAUCUUCUCUACCUGUGGAUAUAAUUUCUUCCUUUUUAACACUUGCUUUUUCAUCAAACUGUCAACCCAAUGAUUUGAAAGAAAGUCGAAUGGUGUACUUUGAUCAAUUGCAAAGUUUGUGCAAUGUUGGAGACUUUGGCGGCGAAGCCACUUUUACUGCCAUAUUCUUAAUGAAAGAUAUUCAUAUAAGUAGACCAGAUAAUUGGUUUAAACGAAAGAUUAAUCAUUUUCUAUUAAACUCUCUCCUUCGCAAGGGUGGUCUUGCUUCUUUCCUUUUACUAAAUGAUACAACUAACUAUGAUGAUGAUAAGUCGGAAUGGCGAAAAGCUGAAAUUUCUGCUAAAAUAGUCGUGGAGUGUUCGAAAAUGGCAUCAACUCAAGAGAGAUUUCUAAAGUUCAUUUGUCCUCAAAUUAUUGAUAUAUUCCUCAAUCCACAAUAUGCAAAAAGUCCAAGAAUAAUCUUUUACUGCUUGAGUACAAUAAUUCAUUCUCUUGUGGCUCACAACAAGCAUUUUACAGCCAUACUAGAUAAUUUGUUCUAUCCUCUAUUUUAUUAUCUAAAUCCACCUACGGUUCAAGAUGAAACUCGUAAACCAAAAGGAACAGAUUUGGUCAAGUGUAUUGAACUUAUGCACAAAAUCUUUAUCGGCUUUUGUGAUCAACCAAAUGAGCAGAUGUUGAGAUAUCUAAUUCCUUAUAUGCCUCUUUUAUUCUCAAUUUUGAAGGACUGUAAAACAACAUACACAGCUACUAGAUGUAGAGACAUAAUAGUCGCUUACUUAAUGCAUCAUGAAAAAAGUGAAGAAACUUUUUAUAAGAUAUCUAGUGAUCAAAUGAAAAAUGAUAUAUUGUUACUUCGAUUUAGUAAUAAAGCAGAUGGAACAGUGUUUGUAUUGGAAAAUUGCGAAAAGCUAAGCGACAAACAUAGUGUAGUUGUUGAAGCGUUUACGUCUAUUUUAUCAUCUACUCCAAAGCAAUCGAAAAUACUUUCACGCAUUUUCUUACUUUUGAUAAAUAAGCUGGACGAAAUUAUUAAAGAUGAAACUGUUAUUGCAAAUAACAUACCAGUCGAAAAAGGAAAUGUUGAGGAACCUCUAAUGGAAAUAGAGAAGAAGCUGUUGUAUAUAGAAGAAAGAAAUGAUAAAAAAAUAUUUGUGAUGAAAAGCUUAGAACGACUUUGUCAGAUGUCUCCUAUUGUUCUUUUAGAAAAUGUUUCAAACCUUAUUCGAUUCAUAGCCCUAACUUUGAAAAGAGCAGCCAUUUUACUAGAAGAUAUCACUGAUAGUGAGGUUAUAGAAUUUCAAAUAAUCAAUGUAAACAUGAUUGCGGAUAUGCUACUAUUCCUGUUAGAAACAAAUUCAGAUGAAGUAUUUCAAUUGAAAGCCGAAAAUGUAGACGAACUCUCAAGUUUACUCCCUGCUUUAUCAAAGUUAGAAAUGAUAUACGGAGAUUCUGAAGCUGCUGAAAAACUAUUGAAUUUGCGAAUUGCUAUUGCAACAAGGGGCAAAGUCAUGAAUGAUAAAUCUUCCGAUGAAUACGAAAUUGUCCCUCCAACAAGUUCUAAUGUUAUAGAUGAGGAAUUAAAAGCUAUUACGGCACCUUUCUUAAGUAGAUUAGAGAGCUUGUCAGCUAAUACAGUUCAUAAUGGAAUAAUAAGCAUACCUGAAGAAAUUGAACAGGAGGAAAUCAAUGAAUCUUUUCAUAAAGUCAUUAAAGACAUAAGUGAUCCGCUUAUUCCUGUGAAGGGACAUGCUUUAAUUGUUUUAAAAAAAUUGAUUUACAGUCGCGAUGAAGAAACAAUGAGAGAACAAGAUCUUGUUGUACAAACUGUUAGAAAAUUGCUUGAAAAUGAAGACUCUUAUGUUUAUAGUGCAGCUAUCCAUUGUUUACAAGCUCUUGCAUAUCAGAAUGGAAAUAUUAUGAUACCUAUUCUGUUAGAUGAAUAUUCAAACGCCAAGCAUCUUGCUAUUAAAGUUCGAUUAAAACUAGGCGAAAGUCUUCAAAAGAUAAUCUGUGACCUUUUUGAAAUGUUACCUAAAUAUAAAGACAGUAUACUGUCGGUAUUAAUAGAUGUUUUGUCAGAAGAGUCCGACAUAUUGAAAGUUAGUGGCUUAUCGAUGUUGGGUGAUUGCUGUCGAAUCCUAAAAUACAACAUUGGUAUAUAUUUGUCUAGAAUACUAACUAUUGUAGAAAAUCUACUUAACCUGGAUAAAAGUAUAUUAGUCAAGAGGGCAUCCGCUAUGUUUAUAGAAUUUUACUUAAGGGGGUUUUCUACAGACAUGAUGGCAGAAUAUGCAUCUGAAUUGAAAUCGUUGUACAAGGUUAUCAAACUCGGAUUAAGCAACGAGAUUGAUGAUUUGGUUAUACAUCAUUUGUCUGCUGCCAAAGAAAACUUAGACGAAUUAAUGAAGUUAUUUUUCCAGCCUGCUCAAAACUUAGAGAAAACGAUAUUUGUAGCUGACUCUGCACCAGAUCCUUUCAAAGACGCCUUUCUUUAA